AUGUCAACCGGCGCCCCACAUCAUCAUACACACACCCAUUCCCACGAUGGUGCUGCGCAUGGCCAUUCGCAUGAGAUUCUCGAUGGCCCUGGCUCAUAUCUGAACCGGGAAAUGCCCUUGAUCGAAGGGCGUGACUGGAAUGAUAGAGCAUUUACGAUUGGUAUUGGCGGUCCAGUGGGCUCGGGAAAGACUGCCUUGAUGCUUGCAUUGUGUCUCGCUCUGCGAGACGAAUAUAACAUUGCAGCCGUAACAAAUGACAUAUUCACAAAAGAAGACGCUGAAUUCCUCACCCGCAACAAAGCCCUCUCCCCCCAGCGCAUCCGCGCCAUCGAAACCGGCGGCUGCCCCCACGCCGCUGUCCGCGAAGACAUAAGCGCUAACCUACUCGCCCUCCAAUCCCUCCAGCGCCAAUUCCAAACCGAUCUCCUAUUAAUAGAAUCCGGGGGUGACAAUCUGGCCGCCAACUACUCGCGCGAACUGGCCGAUUUCAUAAUCUACGUCAUCGAUGUGGCGGGCGGAGACAAGAUCCCUAGAAAAGGGGGACCGGGGAUAACGGGUAGUGACUUGCUGGUUGUGAACAAGAUUGAUCUAGCGGAUGCGGUUGGGGCUGAUUUGAGCGUUAUGGAGAGGGAUGCGGUGAAAAUGAGGGAGGGGGGUCCGACGGUGUUUGCAGAGGUGAAGAAUGGCAAAGGAGUUGAGCAUAUUGUGGGGCUGGUUUUGAGUGCGUGGAAGGCUAGUGGGGCGUAUGAACUUAGUUUGCAGAGGUGGAAAAAUGGGGCGGUUAGGGGGUCUGGGGAGGUUUGA